UUCAAUUACUCGCAACUCCCCAUAAAUGAUUGUCAACACUCCGCUCUCAUCUUAAAUGACCGAUCAGAAACCUGCUUGCCAAACUUUUGUUGCAUGAUCAAUUUCAGACAAAUGCCCUGGAUCAAAGCCCCAAGCUCCAACAAUUCCAUGACACACUAUCCAGAAUGGAGACUCGACAAAUUUUGAACGUCCUAGAUAAUUCCCCUCCAGAGGAAGCACCAUCAAUCACCAAGAUUCGGCAAGAUGCUCUCGAGAUCAUCUCCUCACAUUCCCCGUCGGAAGAUGACUCAACCUUACCCACCACACUUCUCGACCUCUUGACCCAGGUCAUCAAACCUCUCUUCACUCGCACUCAACAUCCAGCCCUGACAGCGACUGGCCGUAAGAAUUUACUUCCCCAACAGCCAUCGAUAGGAGCUCGUUUCACCACCCCGUUGAUUGACGAUAAUCUGAAACCAUGGAAAACGCCAUUCACCUUCUCACUCCUUGACUACAUCCUCCAGUCAUACGCUGCUUUACCUACAAAUCUUCAACAGCCCACCGUUGAAUCACAUUUUCAUCUCCUCAUCCCGCCCAUCCUCAACAUGAUUGAUGAUUCAGAUCCAACCUAUAAAGCCAAUGGAUGUCAACUUUUGCACCAAUUAUGCACUGUCUUGAUAUCCACCACGAGCAAUAUUCUUCAGAAAACUGGACUGGCUGAUGUUUUCAUCGACGCUCUCCGUGCAAACUUCAUGCUCCUACCUACUCUGACGCCAGAAGACGAGAGUCUCCUCGUCUUGACUUGGUUAUACCCGGCCUUCCUGUCCACUAUUGAUGCUAGGUACAUCAAGAGCUUAGACCAUCCAACUGAUACCUUUCCCGACCGUGCGUCCAAAGACUACAUCAAUCGACAGAACCAUCUCAAACUCGUUCUUCGACAUGGCGUGCUUGCGUCUCUAAAUCAUCUCUCUGCCAGUCAAAGCUUCACAAACACCAUCUCUGUACAAUUGACGGUGUUUCUGGUUCGACAGCUUCCUCCAAUCAUAAACAGCAUAGGUAUCGAGAGCGUACGAUAUCUCAAAGAAAUUCUGCCCAUGAUGAGAGCUGGAUUGAUGGACCCGUUCGUCCUGGUAGCCAGCGAGCUGGUGUUGGAGAUCUUAUCCGUUCUGGAAACAAUAAUGACUGUUUGUGGUCCAAGGAUCGCUCAAAAGUGGUGGGCCGAGAUCUUGAGAGGUUGCGUCACUUGUUGGCUCAACUGUGUCGAUGAGGGGUGGCCCAAGCGAGAAGCACUGCGAGAUGUAGAGACUGGCUUAAAGAAGGUAGUCCGGCGUCUUUCUGGGAUAGUUGACGAAAAAGAAUGGACGGACACAGCAACCCAGUUGAUGGAUCAGGAAGAGGACCUCAAGCCAUUAUUCAUUAAUUAAAGAAAUCGCAAAACCUGGACACGUCUACCGAGUAUACCAAGAGCGAGCGUCUACGAGUCCUAUCUUACGACAU